AUGGGGAGCUAUACCUUUCGCUGGGAACACCCAGCUGAGGAAGUCUACGUCACCGGCACCUUCGACGACUGGAGCAAAACCGUCCAGCUCGACAAGAAGGACACCAUCUUCGAGAAGACCGUCAACCUCAAGCCGACCACCGAGAAGAUCUUGUACAAGUUUGUCGCAGACGGCGACUGGAAACACGAUCACACCGGCAAGAUCGAGACCGACGACAAGGGCAACGUGAACAACGUGCUGUACCCCGACGACAUCAAACCACCCCUCUCCAUGGCACAGCAGACAAUCUCUGGCGUUGCGCCUGGCGCGACCACAACUGAAUUGGCAGGUGAGCAGCCCCUUCAGAAGGAGAACGCUCCUCCAGGCGCUUUUCCCGAGACUCCAGCGGUGGAUUCGAAAGAGAGCGAGGAAACCGGCGGCUUUGCUGGCGCGGCAGCAGGCGCGGCGGCAGGCGUUGCGGCAGGUGCUUCCGCCGUCGCUGCAUCGGCCGCAGCAGCGCUUGGUCUGUCGAAAGAGAAGCAGCCACAAGAAGAGCAGACCUUCUCCGUAAACCCCAUCCCAGCCUCGGAAGGCGCAGGCAACCCAGUCAACCUUCAACCGGGCGAGAAGGUCCCCCAUCCGUCCACCAUCAAUGCCAACACCGUAUCAUCCAGCGUCCACGACGAUCCAUCGUUAAAGAGCAGCGAACAGACACUUGGCGUGGCACCUCUCCCUGCGACAGGCGGCAUCGGUAAUCCAGUACAUCUGCAGCCCGGUGAGAAGGUCCCAGACUCGAGCACCCUCACUACAAACACCAUCAACAGCAACGUCAAGCUCGACCAGGCAUCCUACGAGAAGAGCGACUCUGGUGCUCCACAACUGCCCCCAGUGUUGACUCCAACCAGCGAAGCAGAGGCGGCUGGCACUACUGCCAUGUUCGGUGGACUCGGCCCUCAGACUUCCAGCGUCAUUCCAGAAUCCGGCGGGAUGGGUAUCGGCAAGAACGCUCCACCACCAAUCGAGUCUCAGGACACUGGACCAGCUAUGUCCUCGGUCGCACCGACCAGCACAACUAACCAGCUUGCAGGCUUGCAGCCAAAGGAGCCACGAGGUAUUCCUGAGGUGGUUUCUGAGAGCCAGCAGGAGGCGCAUGUCGGCCCUGAGGCUGCUGGUAACCCUGUUGCUGUUCAGGAGAAAAAGGAGGUGGAGAGUGAGCUCAAGGCCAAGGUGCCAGAAGAGAACGCCGGAAGCGAGAACACUGGUGGAAUUACAGGCGCUGUCGCUGGAGGCGUCGCAGCUGCUGGUGCUGCAGUGGCGGGCGGCGUGGCUGUCGCCCGGCAGAAGGCUGAAGAGCAGACGGGCAAGGAUCCAGUCUCGGUACUCCCAGAAUCGGUGCAGAACAGCAUCAACAACAACACUACCACGAAUGGAGAUGCGGCCCGGGAGACCGCCAGCGCCGUACCAACUGAAGUGAAGGAAUCCCAGAAAGACGCUCACGUCGACCCAGAGGCAGCUGCAAACCCAGAGGCCGUCAACGAGAAGAGCCAGGUGGAGCAAGAGCUGCUGAACAAGGUCCCAGAGUCACAGGAAGCUGGCCAACCUGCCCCGACCAUCGCCGCUGCUACUUCUGCGACCGCUCCUGCAGGUGCACCUACUGCAUCUGGCGCACCUCAGCUUGCCGAUCCCGUUGGUGCUGGCCUCGCCCCCAUCAGCAUGGACGACAAGGGGUUGAACGCAUCAGCUGCCACGCCAGCCACGGUCCCUGGCCAGGCACCAAAGGUGGAAGAUAGCCGCGAUGUCAGCCCAAUGUCAAAGCCCACCACCCAGACGCAGCCUGUGGUCACGACUGGCGCUGCCGAGAGUACCGCUCCAACCACAUCCAAACCCGUUGGCACUCCACGCGACAAGAACACGUCUGCGAGCACGCCACAGAAGCGCAACUCCAUCAUCGACCGACUCAAGGGCACGCCAGAGUCGUCCAAGACCACAGGUAGUGAGGGCAAGAAGAAGGGAUUCUUCAGCAAGAUCAAGGAGAAGCUCAAGCAGUAUCGGCGAAGCAAGAAAACCGGGUCGAGCUGUUUUGGCAGGCACAGUGAUGAGAGUGGGGUUGUGAUUGUUACUGAGUCUGGCGAUGAAGUUGUGGGUGAAAGGCACGACGGCACUCUCGGUGUCGACGACCCGAAGCUAUGCGAUGAAAGUGAUGAUUCGAUCACAACGGUCAGCGUAGUCGCGGACAGUCCACCUCGACUGUCUCUGGACUUCGCCGACGACGACAGCGCGCGCUGGGACGGCAAGACCGAGUGGCCAUCACUGCUCAAUCUCGUCGCCGUGGUGUCGACCUGA